AUGUCAUUCAAAAGUGAUGGUUAUGUGGAAACACCACCAGAACUCAAUCGUACACUCCAAUCACUGAGUAAUAUUAAUAGCAAACCACUUAGCUGGUCAAGCAAAGAGAUUCAGUCACAACUGCCGAUAGAUAUUCUGUUAAUAACAGCAAAUAAAGAUGCAUUCAUUGCUUGCUAUUCAUACAUGAAACAAGUUCAACGAAGUAGCCGCUGGAAACUGGGAAUGGUAUAUUUUGGUCAAUUUGGCGAUGGGAGUAGUCAGAACUUAAGAGUUGCAUUGAUGAGACGUGGAAACGGAUCGAUGGAAAGUCAUAAAGCUGUGGCAAAUGGCGUUGAGAUUUUGCGCCCCAAAGUCGCCCUUUUGGUCGGGAUCUGUGAAACCUUAGAUCUGAAAACGGCGAAACGUGGUGAUGUUGUAAUUUCUGCGAAAUUGGAAAUUUAUAAUAUGAAAUUUAAAUCAGACAACACAAUUGAAUAUUGCGGCACCAGACCGAAUGUGGGUCAAGGUAUGACAAAACUUAUUCUGUCUGCGGCUGAUGGUUGGAAACCACCAUUAAAAGACCCGAAGAGUUUUAAAGUCAAUGUUCAUCUAGGCGCUUUGGUGUUAAGUGGCUCAAAUUAUAUUGAAAAUCGUGAAAGACUUAAAGAGUUAAAAAAACAAAUUCCAGAUGCGCUUGUUAUUGAAAACGAGGAAAUAGGUAGGUAUAGAAGCUUCCUACAAGUGAGUGGUUCUGCCAUCUGUGUACUCCACACCAAAAAGGCUUAAAGCCUGUGAAUAAAUAUGUCAACCGAUUAGAAAUUUUUAACAUUUUUAGCAGGAGGUCUAAAACAAUAGGUACGCUGUAGCGUACGACAUGGCGUCUACUGGAUCAAAAACAAAGAAUGCUUAAUGUGAAUAAAAUACACGGAAUGACCAAUUUUAUUAGAAUUAACAAGACGCUCUGCGGAGCGUUAACUCGCUGGGGCUAUACAACUACGCACAUUGCUGUACAAUGCCAGACAUGAUACAUACAGUACACAGCUGACAGCUUUUUCAAUUGAGAUUCAAGGUUUUCCCCGAGCUAAGCGGAAAAGUCGAAUACGAGCGCGAAAGGCUUAAUAACACAGUACUAAAAUGCGGUAGGCCCUACAAGUAAAGUUAUAUUUAGUACGCUACAUUCUUCUUCAAAACUGUCAGCCGCCAGUUGGUCUAGAAUUAAACUGCGCUUUAAAACGUUCAAAAUAAAAUAUUUUGGGGCUGAAUCGAACGGUGUCGCUUUCUUGUCAAAAUAUAAAGCAGCACAGUCAAACGUAUAAACUUUUAUAAACUUGCGAUUUGCGAAGUUGCUGUUUCCAUGCGAAAUUCCUUGUAAAAUUGUUUAAUUUUCCCGAAUUUUCCUAAAAAUGGAGGGCUAUUUAUGGAUAAUUCGGGUAAAAAUUGGCAGCAUUAAUAUUCUAUUUUGUGGCUAUCGAUGACGAUUGGAGAUUCACUAUUGGAGAUUGCCGAUCUACUAAAAAUGAAUGCCAAAACCUAUACUCGCCAGGGCACAGGUGCCCCAGCGAGUAAUAAAGAUAAGCUAUAACAUAUCACAUAAAUAUACACUUUAAUUUAUAGUAGCUUCCAUAGCAAAUCUGGUGCGUCAAUCAGUCCUUGAAUGCUAGUGUAUUAAUUAUACCAUUUCCAAGAUAUUCAUUGAAAAGAAAUAAUAUAUUAGAAAUUAAUUCAUAAAAAUGCCUUUAAUGUUUUAAAAUAUAUUAUAGAAAUGUCAGCUUAAAGAACCAAAAAAGUCAUUCCUGCCACACCUCUGUACCACACGUAACAACAAUAUAGUCAAGGGAAUGCAACAUUGCAGGUGUUGUAGUUAAGGUGCAUUAAUUUUAUAGUUCUUACAAUUUUAGGAUACAAAAUAUAAAUGCAUUAAAUACAAUAUAAAAUUCUCUCAUUCCCUGUUCAUUGAAAAUACUGUCAACAAACUCAGCAGUGCAUGUACCUAGCAUCUUUGAACUUCGAAGCGACGAAGAGUCAAAGUUUUAAAUUAAUACCAAUACUAAUAAUUUUAAUGGGGAAAACAAUACUAGUAAUUUUAAUGUAUAAAACAAAAGCAAACAAUCGAAUUCGAGAUUUGAAGGUGUUUAUAUUAUUAUAUAUAGCGAGGAAGAGUCAUUGUCCCCCAAACCUGCUUGGCGGCUAUUUUAAUGGCGAAAUAAUAGAUUUCAACCAUCCUAUAUGGUUAUACUUGCUCAUUUUAACUUCUUUAAACCAAAAUUGCAUCAAAGAAAUGUUUAUUAUCAUCAUUUGUUGCUAUUUGUCACUUCCGAAGGUAAGACGUGAACAACUGAUUCGACAUUGUGGUUGACAAAACGAUAAAAUGACUCUCAAUUUAUAUCAAAUAUGGAGUCGAACAAGACCAAACGUAUAAAAUAUUAAUAACCACAUUGCAUGUGAUCGAAGCUUUAUAAAUAAAAUACCCCCACCACCACUGAAUACACGCUAAGCAAAAUACUAAAUAGUCAUUGCCAGUGAAUGAGUAACGCUUUUUGCAAAUUUCGAGUUUCGAAGAAAGUUUCUCCAGUUUAAGGUAAGCUGUUUUGAGUUUUUAGAGUAGUAUACAGUCUCAUGCAUGCAUUCAAUUGGCGAGAAGCCGAGAGAAAUGAUCACGAACUUUAUAUUGUAUUUUGCCCUGUUAUAUAUAUAUAUAUAUCCUCUUGUCGACGCCAAAAAUGUUGUUCCAGUAGACGCCAAAAAUGAUCAUGUCUUCUCAUCGCAUCAAGUGUUUUUCAUUUAGUGCUUUUAGGUUUAUAUCCAGCGGCAUAUGAUCUUGAGAUGGAAUGGGCCAUUGUAACAGGUGUAUCCAAUUUGGCAGGUGGAAGUAAUUUAGAAAAUGUGGCGGGACUUUGGGAGCGAUUUGCUACUGUUGUGGCGGCAUCUAUCAUACAUAAUAUGUUCAAAUACUCUGUUGUACUAGAAGACUGGCCUCACCGCAGAGAAACAGGUAGUAAUUCUAAUAUAUCGGAAUGA